AUAUAUCUCACAAAUCAAUCCUUCUUCAAGCUUUCUCUUACAAAACAAGAAAUAUGGACUUUUUUGAGCUGUGUUUGUAGUUGUAACUUAUUCUUCUUCUUUUUUUUUUUAGCUAUGGAGACUCUGCAUCCACUCUCUCACCUACCUAUCUCUGACCACCGGUUCGUCGUUGAAGAGAUAAUGAGCUUACACAGCUCGAGCAGCAGCAGCAGCAACUGGACUAAAGAAGAGAACAAGAUGUUCGAACGAGCUCUUGCCAUCUACGCUGAAGACUCGCCUGAUCGCUGGUUCAAAGUUGCUUCCAUGAUCCCUGGGAAGACUGUUUUGGAUGUCAUGAAUCAAUAUAGUAAGCUCGAAGAAGACGUUUCUGAUAUCGAAGCAGGACGUGUGCCCAUUCCUGGUUACCCUGCAGCUUCUUAUUCUCCCUUGGCGUUUGACCCUGACACUUGUCGGAAACGGCCUAAUGGAGCCAGAGGAUCUNGUUGA